AUAAAUACAUUUUAAAAAAAUGCUGUAGCCAUGCAAGGUAUGCAAAUGUAGAUCUUCCUUUGAUCCUAGGUGGCUUGUUGUCUCGUCUCUGACAGGUGCUGAUAUUUUUCCAUUAAAUCGCAAACCCUUUGAAGGCGGAACAACAUAUAUUUGCGUUAUUUGCAUUACAUAUAGAAACUUACUCUUUGAGGCUCCCUGCAGUUCAUGUAUAAAAACUCUAGGUGAGCCUGCAUUUGAGGGGUUCAUCAGUAUACACUGCCAGUAAGUCUGUGCGCGGUGACAGUGCCUGGACUUGGAGGCAGACACAAUCUCCCAAGGGCGGAUGCUCGGACCCCGUCCUCUCCUGGAAACCUCAUCUCUGUGUCCUGAACUGAGACUGUGUGACCUGGGCAGAGGCCGGGGUUCAGUCUUGUCUGUCCUGAUGGUUUUCAGAUGCCACAUGGGGGUAUGCCCUCUGGAAUGUGAAGGAGGAAAUAGAAUCACAUUUUUCACUUCCAGGUUUUCUCCUCUGAAGGCAAGCUCUGCUUUUCAUAGAGAGAAAAUUACUUCUGGACCUCACACCUCCUUUCUUUGCCUCCUUCUUCCUCUCCUACACCCCACGGUGAAUCAGCUGAAUGCCGUCAAACAUCAGAUUCAAUUACUUUCAUUGUCAGCUUUGGCUAUGAUUGUCUUUAAUGGUCAGAAAAUUAUCCCGCAUCUAAAAAAACACAAUUAAAAACUUCAGCCACAGUGUGGCCCUGUGAUUUUUGGCUGGCAGUAAAGUGCUUCCUCGGAGGAGUUCUUUCAGAUGUUUGGCAUUUAGAACUUACUCUCCAAAUUUUAUUUCAUAAAUGGAAUGCUAAGGGCUUGGAUUUUUUUUUAAGUCCAUUCAAUUUCAAGCAUAUUUUAAAUCACCCCAAAAUAAAAAUACCCAUUUAAUGUCAUCCUUGAAGUAGGAAAUAUUUUAUAGCAGAUAAUUCUUGCUUUUUAUGUACAACAUCAAGUGAAUAUUUGAAUGCUAGGUGAGUUCAGACUCUGGUUUGAACCUUAAGUUAGUUGGCAUCCUUGAGCAACUCACUGCUUCUGCAAUAGGUCUUCCUGAUGGAGAGAAGGAAAUUGCAACCGACCUCACAGACUACCUGAUAGGAGUAGGAACACAGAUGAUAUUGGUAAACAGUAGUCCUCCAGAAUCAUCACUGAUAAUAGCGACCUAGGACAUUUGCAGUAGAGAUCACAUGGGCGUGAGUCCAAGCUUGCUGCUUUGGGUUAUGUAGGAGGAGAGAAAUCUUGGGCUUUGUGGACCAAUAGAAUUUUGACUGAGCAGCAAGCGUCCCGUGAGCCGUGGACGAAUCCACUACAGAUCUCAUUGCCUCUUACGCUUUCCAGGAGCCAGGAAGCCAUGGUAGCAGCAUCUAAUGAGAUGGCCUGUCAGCUCAGGGAACGUCCCUGUGUGUGUUGUUUUGCAUGAUGCCAGCCAGUUUCAAGUGGGCAGGAUUAAAAUGCAAACCAAGCCCAGAUUUUAAUUUAAUUAGUGUCUGGUGUUUGCCAACCAUGGGGAAGGUGACAGAGUGCAGCAAACAAAUUGCUGAGAGCUGUGCUGUCGCUUGGGCUAAGACAUCCUGACAUGAUAUGGCAGGAAAAGCAGCUGGCCCCACUGUGGUGCCAGGGAAUAGAUUUGGCAGACAGAAAGGAAAUGGGAAAAUGUCCCUGACACAUGGCCUGUUUACAAGUAGACUUUUAACAACAACAACACAAUUGUGGAAUGAUACACUUAACAUGAGAUUUGCCAUCUUCACCGUUUCACAGUGUGUGUUUAGUGGCAUUAAGAACGGUCACAAUGUUAUACCACCAUCAUCUAGGUCCAGAACUUUUCAUUAGCCAGUAAGGAAAGUGGCCACUCCCCAUCUCCCCUCUCCCUGGCAGCCUCUCAUCUGCUUUCUGAUUACAAGUAGUCUGUUGAGGAUGGCACAGUAGCCUGGGGCAGGAGAAGGGUGUUCAAAGAUACUGGGAUUGGGAAUUAGGACUGGGGGGGAGUACUUGCAAUUCUGGGUUCCUGUCUUGUUGUUUUGAACAACAUAGCAGCCUCAUGCCCAUAGAGGCAUGAGGGGCGAACCCUUUAAAAACAACUUUAUGGGUGUGCAUUUAAUAUAAUCAUAAAACUCACCAAUUUCAAGCGUAUGUCAAUGAGUUUUAGUAUCUUCUGAAUGGUGCAGGCGUCCCCAUAAUCCUGUUUGAGAAUAAUUUCAUUCUCCCAAAUAGGAUCCCUCAUGCCCAUUUAUAGGUAAUUCCAUCCCACCCCCGGCCAACCACUGCUCUGUUUUCUGCCUCUGUAGAUCUGUCUUUCUAGACAUUUCACAUCAGUGGUCAUCUCGGCAUCUGGCUCCUUUCACGGAGCUUCAUAGUUUUGAGAUUUAUGCAUUAUGUAGCCUGUGUCAGCAACAUUGUUGCAAUGGCUGAAUAGGAUCCCAUUGACUAGAUAAACCACAUUUUAUCUGCCCAUUCAUCUGCAAACAUCUGUAAGUUCUAGAGGGUUGAAUAGUCACAUGACCUUUAAGAUCUUCCUCUCUCUCAUUCCCAACUUCCAAAUAUGCCUCGGGAACAGAUCUGAAUUUUUAGAUCAUUCAUGGAUUCCACAGAUACUCGUUGAGUCCUCAGGACACACCAGGCUCUGUGAUAGACCUGGGGGACAUGACACUGCUCUCUUGGAAUUUCUUCCUCUCUAGUGACAAGGUUAGCAGAUUCAAGCCACCAGUACAGAAGAGAACAUGCCGCAGCAGUUCUUUCUGCUUCUUGGAACAUAAGCUUGCCACAGACUUCUUAGCACUGUCAUUAGUCUCACAAUCAUGUUCCUAGGGUCACUCUGAGGACAGACUAUUUAGGGAAACAGUAUGAAAAUGGCCUUGGGAGGCAGGGUGACCAGGCCUGAAUGCCAGAGGUGGUGACAGUGUGGCUUCCCCAGCCUGGGCUGCAGGCACCUCCCUGUUCAGCCUUCAACCCUGCCCCAUGCCCUUAGCUCCUCCUUGACUCCUGCCCUAGCCCAGCUUGCCGGACCAGAAAGCCAGGAGUGGAGGGGACAGAAUGCCUCGUGUGUGCGCGCUCCUGUGGGAUGCUGGGCUGAAGGUGGCAACAGGAGGAUCCGGGAGGCUACACCAGGUGAAGUGCUUCAUGUGGAGAAGGAAGCAGAAAUACCGACAGUAUAUGGCAGGACUUCUGGCUCCUCCUUAUGGGGUUAUGGAAACAGGCUCUAACAACGACAGAAUUCCUGACAAGGAGAAUACACCUCUCAUUGAACCUCACGUUCCUCUCCGUCCUGCUAACACCAUUACCAAGGUCCCUUCAGAGAAGAUCCUCAGGGCUGGAAAAAUUUUACGAAAUGCCAUUCUCUCUCGAGCACCUCACAUGAUAAGAGAUAGAAAAUACCACCUAAAGACAUACAGACAAUGCUGUGUGGGAACCGAGCUGGUGGACUGGAUGAUGCAGCAGACUCCGUGUGCUCACUCCCGGACGCAAGCUGUUGGCAUGUGGCAAGUUCUGCUAGAAGAUGGGGUGCUCAACCACGUGGACCAGGAGCACCAUUUCCAAGACAAAUAUUUAUUUUAUCGAUUCCUGGAUGACGAGCAGGAGGAUGCCCCUUUGCCUACUGAGGAGGAGAAGAAGGAGUGCGACGAAGAGCUCCAGGACACCAUGCUGCUGCUCUCGCAGAUGGGCCCUGACGCCCACAUGCGGAUGAUCCUGCGCAAACCACCUGGCCAGAGGACUGUGGAUGACCUAGAGAUUAUCUAUGAAGAGCUCCUUCACAUUAAAGCCUUAUCCCACCUUUCCACCACGGUGAAACGGGAGUUAGCGGGUGUUCUCAUCUUUGAGUCUCACGCCAAAGGAGGGACCGUGUUGUUUAACCAGGGGGAAGAAGGAACCUCCUGGUACAUUAUUCUAAAAGGAUCUGUGAAUGUAGUCAUUUAUGGCAAGGGUGUGGUGUGCACCCUGCACGAGGGAGACGACUUUGGCAAGCUAGCACUAGUGAACGAUGCACCGCGAGCUGCCUCCAUUGUCUUGCGGGAAGAUAACUGUCAUUUUUUAAGAGUGGACAAGGAAGAUUUCAACCGGAUCCUGAGGGACGUGGAGGCGAACACAGUCAGACUUAAAGAACAUGACCAAGAUGUCUUGGUACUGGAGAAGGUCCCAGCGGGGAACAGAGCUUCCAAUCAAGGAAACUCACAGCCUCAGCAGAAGUAUACUGUGAUGUCAGGAACACCUGAAAAAAUUUUAGAGCAUUUUCUAGAAACAAUCCGCCUCGAGCCAGCUUUAAACGAAGCAGCAGAUUCGGUUUUAAGCGACUUCGUUCUGAUGCACUGUGUUUUUAUGCCAAAUACCCAGCUUUGCCCUGCCCUAGUGGCCCAUUACCAUGCACAGCCUUCUCAAGGUACGGAACAGGAGAAAAUGGAUUAUUCCCUCAACAACAAGAGGCGAGUCAUCCGCCUGGUUCUCCAGUGGGCUGCCACGUACGGAGACCUCCUUCAAGAAGAUGACGUGGCCGUGGCUUUCCUGGAGGAGUUUUACGUGUCUGUGUCUGAUGAUGCCCGGGUCAUUGCCACCCUGAAGGAGCAGCUUCCAGAACUGGAGAAGAUCGUCAAGCAAAUCUCAGAAGAUGCAAAAGCUCCACAAAAGAAACACAAAGUUCUUCUGCAACAGUUCAACACGAGCGAUGAGAGAAGCCAGAAGCGCCAGCCCAUCCGCGGCUCUGAUGAGGUUCUGUUUAAGGUCUAUUGCAUGGACCACACCUACACCACCAUCCGGGUGCCGGUGGCCGCCUCGGUGAAGGAAGUCAUCAGUGCGGUGGCCGACAAACUGGGCUCUGGGGAAGGCCUGAUCAUCGUCAAGAUGAGCUCUGGGGGAGAAAAGGUGGUGCUCAAGCCUAAUGAUGUUUCCGUGUUUACCACGCUCACCAUUAACGGCCGCCUGUUUGCCUGCCCGCGGGAGCAGUUCGACUCACUGACCCCACUCGCAGAACAAGAGGGCCCGACUGUUGGGACUGUGGCAACUUUUGAACUAAUGAGCUCCAAAGACCUGGCAUACCAGAUGACGAUUUACGACUGGGAGCUCUUCAACUGUGUGCACGAGCUGGAGCUAAUCUAUCACACAUUUGGAAGGCACAAUUUUAAAAAGACCACAGCCAACUUGGAUCUGUUCCUGAGAAGAUUUAAUGAAAUCCAGUUCUGGGUCAUCACUGAGAUUUGCCUGUGUUCCCAGCUCAGCAAGCGUGUUCAGCUCUUAAAAAAAUUUAUUAAGAUUGCAGCCCACUGUAAGGAGUACAGGAAUCUGAAUUCCUUUUUUGCCAUCGUCAUGGGACUCAGCAAUGUAGCCGUGAGCCGCUUGGCACUCACGUGGGAGAAACUGCCCAGCAAGUUCAAGAAGUUCUAUGCCGAGUUUGAAAGUUUAAUGGAUCCUUCGAGAAACCACAGGGCGUACAGGCUGACGGUGGCCAAGCUGGAGGCUCCUCUCAUCCCCUUCAUGCCUCUGCUCAUUAAAGAUAUGACAUUUACUCAUGAGGGGAACAAGACUUUCACUGACAAUCUAGUAAACUUUGAAAAAAUGCGUAUGAUUGCAAACACUGCCAGAACCGUGAGGUACUACAGGAGCCAACCCUUCAAUCUCGAUGCAGCUCAAGCUAAUAAGAACCAUCAGGAUGUCCGGAGUUAUGUGCGGCAAUUAAAUGUGAUUGACAACCAGAGAACUUUAUCACAGAUGUCACACAGAUUAGAGCCUCGUCGGCCAUAGGCGAGAUGGUCUGUCUCCAGUCCACACUCUUUCCAAAAUGCCACUGAUGCUACACGGCUGACUGCGCCACCAGUGAGGAUGCCACAGAGUGAGUGACGUGUCCUGAGAAACCUCAGGGCUGCGUUCUGUUGAUCCCCGUGUGAAGAGAGAAGAAAUGACUUGACGUGUGUAACGCUUACCCUCUACCCUAGGAGCCCCCAGUGUGCGGUCACCCUAGUUCAUUUCUGGUUGUGUCAUCUUCUGUGCUGAGACCUUAAGAUGGGUGAAAUAUCAUUAUCAGGAGAAAUCUCAAGGCCCUGCCAUUCUUUCUGAGAAUAUUUGUAGGAUGAGAUACGCUGCACAUGGGAUGGAUUUGGAUACCUUGGUGGGGAUGUAGUUCUGUAGUUUUGACCUCAACAACUUGAAUUGGAGCGAGGGGUUUGGGGAAGGUGUUGAGGACUCAGUACAAAUCCAAAUUGUAGAUUGUGUUCUUCCAUCUUCAUAGUCUUCUCUCUGAAGGAAUAGAACCUUGUGGCUAUUUAUGUACUUUGGAAUAAAACAUUGUGGCUAUUUAUGUACUUUAGAGAGGGCUGGUCUGUAAUUUCUGAAAGAUAUGUAGAAAAAUAUUUAUGUUUACAAUGUCACUUUUUAGAAUUUACCAAUCAGGAUCACCUGCAUAAAAAUUCCACACAGAAAUGCCAAGGUUCUUAAAAUUGCCAGCGUUAAGAUAGAAAAUAACAUUUCAGAAGAGCACAAUAUGCAUAAAAUGUUUUUCAAAAUUGAAAUGUUUUCUGGGCAUUAAAAACCUUUCAACUACAAAUUUCCUGUUACUGAUGAAAAACAAAAACAUAUUUUCUGGACUUAAAGGUUAUUACAAAUAUCUUAAUUUUCAACAAUUGUUUUGCACUUUCAAAUAGAUUGUAAAUACUUCAUUCAAUCAACGGUAUAGAGUUAUUUAUUUGCUACAUAAUAGAUACUGUGCCAAAUAACUGCUUUUUAUUUAUUUUGUUUAGUUGAUAAUUUUGGAGUACAUUUUUUCCUGUUUUCACAAUUAGACAACAUCUAAUGUGUAGAAAUUGUAUGUAUGUAUAUCUUCUGUAAAUACCAUCUGGUAUCUUCAUUAAAUAUAAUUGUUGACAAGAAA